AUGCCAGAGAAAACUCCUCCCACAUUUGACAAGUAUGACUGCUCAAUCGACCCAGAUGAUCACAUGAGAGCAUUCGUCAAUGCAAUGGCGUUUUACUCCAACAGUGACUCGGUCCUGUGCAGAGCCUUUUCACUAUCGCUAAGGGGAGAAGCAUUCACAUGGUAUAACACCCUUCCCCCAAACACACUGGAUUGCUUUGCCACUGUACAAACCCUUUUUGAGCGUCAAUAUGCAUCUAGUCGGAUACAAGAGUUCACGUCCGCGGAGUUGGUAAAUACCAAACAGGAAAAAGAUGAAUCUCCGAAAGCCUUCAUGAAAAGAUAUAAGGCAAUCCAGAAAAAAGCAGCAGCAAGAAACCUCUGGGAAAAUAAGAAAGAAGGAAAACGAUCGUUCAAUGGGGAUCCUCCUCAAAAGGAUCCUAUGCAUCUCCCCAGAUUUAAUCACUAUACCACCCUCAAUGCACCAAGGGCUAAGGUUCUCGAGGAAGCUCUCAAUGUUGAACUUCUCACAUUCCGAGAAAAGGUCACUCCCAAUAGCUCUGAUGCAAGGAAGAUCUGCAAUUUCCAUCUGAACUGCGGCCAUACUACGGAAGAAUGCAAUAUACUGAAAGUUGAAAUAGAAAGGCUUAUCCGAGGAGGCCAUCUACAGCAAUUCGUAAGAAAAGAAAGAACCCAAACAAGAAGUCCUACCAGAGAAACCGGACGGUCCCAUCAAAAGACCGAACAGGGACGUAGGCACAGCCGCAGCCGUAGCCGCAGUCUUAGUCGUGAACGUAACCGAUCGGUUCGCAGGUACAUCAAUACCAUUUCUAGAGGUUUUGCUGGAGGAGGAACAUCAUUGUCAGCAAGGAAAAGGCACCUGAGGAGACUCAAAACCGUUCACAUGGUGGAUAGAAAACCUCGAUCUCUACCACCAAUUACCUUCACUGAUGAGGACUUCCAUGCCCCUGACCCGAAUCAAGAUUAUCCUAUGGUCAUUACAGCCGAGAUAUCUCGUAGUGUUAUCAGCAAGGUGUUAAUCGAUCAAGGAGAAAGAGUCGAUACUCGAGGAUACUUAGACUUGAGGACUCAGCUUGGAACGGACAGAGAAACAAAAGAAUUCAGAAUAAGAUUCCUGUUAGUAAAAGCUCAUACUCCAUAUAACGCUCUGCUGGGACGACCUUGUUUGAAGGCUUUCGGAGCUGUGGUCUCCACCCCACAUUUAGCCUUGAAAUUCCCAUGCUCGGCCAUUCGGCCUCUAACGCUCGACCAUCCAGCCUCACAGGUGCUCAACCAUCCGACCUCACAGAUGCUCGGUCAUUCGGCUUCUAACGCUCGGCCAUCCCGCCUCACAGGUGCUCGGUCAUCCGGCUUCACAAGUACUCAACCAUCAGCUCUCACAGGUAUUCAGCCACUCGGCCUCUGUCGUCCGUCCUCCAUGGCGUCAAAUGUUCAGGCAUUCAGCCGCUCGACCUCACAAGUUUCGUCUACUAGGAGAUUCUUUAGGAACUCUUGGGCCACGGACGGUCACUCAGAUCUAUUGGGAGAUUCUCUAGGAACUCUUGGGCCACGAACGGUCACUCUCGUCUACUGGGAAGUUCUUCAGGAACUCCUGGGCCACGGACAGUCACUCACGUCUACUGGGAAGUUCUUCAGGAACUCUUAG